ACUUACAGUUACAUAUGAAUGUAUGAAUUACUGUCUCAAAUAUUGAGCUGGGCAUGUAUUUUGCAAUUGCGAAUUUGAAGCACUGCAAUGGACCUAAAAGCCGGUGGACUACUCGUGCCGCCAACUGUUAAGAACUCAAGCUGCUCCCAUCCACGUUAUACCAGCCACAAUUUCAUUGCACACAUCGGCAUUGCGGAGACUAUCGAGGCGGUGCUCAUACUCAUAUUGACGCUGGGCGUGAUUGGUGCCAAUGCGCUGGUCAUAUUUGUAAUAAACAAUCGUCGCUAUUCGCCCUAUAUACAUCAGCAGCCGCGUUAUCUGCUCACCUCUCUGGCUUUAAAUGACCUCACCAUUGGACUGCUUAUCACACCGUUUGGACUGUUGCCAGCGCUCUUUCAUUGUUGGCCGUACGGCGAGAUAUUUUGCCAAAUACAGGCUCUGCUCCGCGGUGCACUCUCGCAACAAAGUGCCGUAAUAUUGGUCUGCAUGGCAGUCGAUCGGUAUAUGUGCGCAUUGCAUCCGCGAAAAUACUAUCAGCACUCUAGUAAAAAGGGCUGUGUUGCGGUGCUGAGCUUAACAUGGAUCAUCAGUUUGACGGUAUUUGGUUUUCUAGUGCUGCCAAAAGGCUAUUACUUCAACAACACCGGCCUCAUGGCCUGCGAACCGUUCUACAGUAAGCCAUCAUAUCGUAUACUGUCCACCUGCGCACUAUACUUCCCCACCACCAUGGUGCUAAUGUACUGUUACGGCUCGAGCUUUCAUUUGAGCCGUUUCCGUUUGAACGAUCCAACCAUGCCACUAACAGCUGCGGUCCAUCAUCCGCAUCUCGGAUAUCCGCCGCACAUGUACCAACAAGCGUUGCAUGGCCAUCACAUGCAGCAUGGUAUGGCGGGUGGGGGUAUGAGUCAUCACAGCCUGCCGCCGGGCACCACAACGCUACCGAACACGCCGGUAAUGAAUCUCAGCAUGGCCAUGAGCAUGGGUUUGGGCAUGGGUGGCAUGAGUGGUAUGACUGGUAUGACCGGUAUGAGUGGCCUAGGUGGUGCUAGUGGCAUGCAUUAUGGCGGCGGCGGCAUUGGUGGUGGUGGUGGUGCUACUGCUUCGGUCAUGAGUGGUGGUAAUGGAGGCGGUUCAGCUGGAGGCGCUGGUUCUGGUGCAGGUGGUGGUCCAUCGAAUAAUGUGACAAAGAAGAUUGUGCCCAUACAGGAAAAACACUCUGCCGGCAAUACCUCACGUUCUAUGGCUGCCAUUUCGUUGGGUUUUAUUGUUAUGAUCACACCGUGGACGAUACAGGAGAUUGUCACUGCCUGCACGGGCUCCAAGCUGCCACCUUUUCUGGAUUUUGUGGUAACUUGGAUUGCUUUAAGCAACAGUUUGUGGAAUCCUUUUAUGUAUUGGCUUCUCAAUUCGGAUUUUCGACGGCUGAGUAAACACUUGAUGCCAAAUAGGUGUUUCCCCACCGAGGACGCGCCCGAACACAAAUCACCCUGUUGUCACAUCAAUUCUGAUUUUGAAAUCACAACGCUGCCACUGCCGCCGGAACCGCCUACCGGACGACCACCUAAGGGUGGCAGCGGCGCCGAUGCUGCUGGCGAUAACAAUGGCAGCGAAGGCGGCAAUAGCUCCAGUGGUGGAGGCGGCAGUAGUAGGGGUGGCGGCGGCAGUGGCAUACGCGGUGGCUCAGUGCUGGGAAUUUGCGCGCGAGCACGCACCAACAGUCUCAGUCGCACCGCAUCGCAACAAGCGCGCAAGAAUGCCAACAGCGGUGCGGGUGGUGGUGGCUGUAGUAACAGCAGUCACGGGCAUCAUGGACACAGUCAUCACGGCGGUGGUGGUGGUAUGAGUUUUACUAGCGUACGGCCCGAUAUUGAAGGCCUCUCCGAAAAGUACUGGGGUGAAAUACUGGAGCGCACCGUGAGCUCGGGUAGCCUGCACGCGCUGACGAAAAGCUUUCCGCAUGCAGCGCCGCAUCACUACUACGCACACCAUCAGCCAACGCAUCAGCAAACGUUCCCGCCGCCACCACACACCGCAACAAUGACAACAUCGUUUAGCAAACACAGCGAACUGAAUCUCAACUUGGCGUUGGCCGAACAAGAACGUCAUGCAGCCGCAUUGCACGAUGCGAACGGAGGUGGUGGCGGCAACAGUGCACUCAACGCCUAUGAGCUCAGCAAAUUUUCCAGCUCAGAGCCAAAACUGUGCGAACAUAUCUAUCAUGAUGCCAACUGUGCCAAAAAUAAAUCAGCCGCGCUGGGCGGCGUCGGCGGCGGCACCAACAGCAGCGGUGCGGACGAUGUCAAAAUGUCAGCUGGCAGCGCUGCAGUGGCGUCGGCGACCGGACGCAGUAUACCGGAUAUUUAGUACGCGGAGAAUGUUAUAUUAGCAAACAAUCAAAUGGCGCGCAUUUGUGCGCGCGGCGUCGUCUGCGCUGGGACGUCUAUGGCAGGUGCUGGUGGUGGUGGUGGUCGUAGCAACACUUUAACCACAACUCGUGUAGCUUGUCAUAGUCCGCCGGCGCGCAGCAUGUCCGUAUUAGUCGCCAUGCCGAUGGCCGAGUACCGGAAGUAGGCGCAUGACAAAGGGUGACAAGACGACAAGGCAGCGUCAACAGCGCCGGAAAUGCAGUAAGCCAAAACUGUAGCACGUAAUGAAAUUUUGCGCCAGCAAUGCAGCACACUAAGGCGUAAGGUGGCUGGCAAAGUAGCCUAAGCGCGCGGCUCUAAUGUCGAGACUGGCCGUGGUUAAAGCGAUCUGUAUAUGUUUGUACGUAGUAUAUAGCUAGUAGUCUGGCGUUAGCUGGGCGCCAUCAAUGCUGCAAGAGAAAUUUUCACAAAAUUCUAUGCCACAAUCUAUAAGCAUGUAAUGUAAAUUUUCGUGACGCUAGAAUGUGUAUAUAUAAAUGUAUGUAUGUCCGCUAUGUGUAUAUAAUAUAUAAGCGCUAUAAGUCGUGUGAUAAUACCUACUUUAUGUAACUUUACAGCAUACUGGUGCUUAUAGCGCCAGGCCAGAGAUGCCAUCGUUAUGUUAAUUUAAUGCUCUGACACACUAUGGCUCAUUAAUUGUAAGGCGGCUGACAGUUAGUAUGUGAAGAUAGGCGCGAAAUCUGUAAAAGUUCUGGUAUUUAGUGUUAAUCACUCGCUCUUUUAUUGUAAAACCGAGUGCUCUGGUUAAUUUGCAUUUGUAAAAUUUUAACGUUUUAAAUCCGGUAAUAUUUCUUCGAAAUAUACAUACUUAAUGUUUAACCAAAAGUUAUUAGCGUGUGUCAUACUGAAGUCACACACGUUGAUGUAACAGCACAUCGGGGCUUCACACUUUGUAGCAUAACAAGGAGCUGAGUAGAAUUGAAUGCUCAUGCCGGUAAACACAUAACUUAAAUUUCUUUUCGUGGUGCCUAAAGAUAUGCUACAAUUCUGGCUGAUAAACUGAAAGUGUUAACAAGUAUUUCACUUGACUUCGUGGCACGUGAUAUUAAUAUUUUCAUUAUACAAUUAUCGUUUAGUUAAUUUGUCGAAAAUUUUGUUAGAAUACCACUUAUUAAAUAACAACUAAAAUAAGUAAAUAUGUAAUGACACUUGUAUGCCAAAAGUAUGCAAAAAACGCUGUAGUAUUUAUUUUUAGUGUAGUUGAAUUGUAUGUGUAGUAAUGGAAUUAAAAUUUUAUAGAUAAUAAUAUAUUAAUCAAGUAAGUUAUAUGACGCUUGCUGCUGUGCUAGUUUAUAGCUCAGUUUUCCAUAAAAAAUAGUUUUUAAAUCAAACAUUUUUUGUAAUUUUCAUGAAUACUUAUACAACAUUUUUUCUCCAUAUUCGCUAAUCAACAAUGUGCUCAUAGUGUAAAAAAAAAUAACAAAUUUCCCUGUCAACAAAUCGGUUUCGGCUUGAUGUCAACUUCAAGCGCAUAUUCACCAGCUUAAAUUGCAUAUUCUCUACCUUCAACUCCAUAUUUACCACCUUCAUUAUGCUCCGUAGUUAAAGACUCACAUGAAGUCACAGCAGCAAGCUUUUACCGACCCAAUGUGACUCAAAUUUUUGCGAAAAUGUGAAUGUUAACAAUUUUUAGAAAUUCAGGAAAAUUAAAAAUAAAAAGUGUUUUAUAGUUAGUAAUAAUUUGUGAAUAAUAAUAUUAAGAAUUAGAUGAAAAUAAACAAAUAAAUUAUAAACCUAUAUUAUUUUAAACAAAUAUUGUGCUGAGUUGCAAAUAUUCUAAUUGGAAAAGGUUGUAAUGACAAGGCAUAUAAAGUUAAAAAGUUUAAAUUAUUGAAUACAAGUAUAAUAGGGCUACUACCACAAUUUACUAACAAAAGCAAUCACACUCGACGGAGGAGCCUUCGAGGGUAUGGCAUUGUAUAGAAUGUGUACUUCUCGACAGAUUGUUAACCAUUGAGUUUAUCGGUCACUAUGGGACUUCAGAAUUUUUAUAGGUUUCCAAAAUUUUACUUCGAUUAAAAAGUUUUUUUGAUAGUCCUGAAGGUUUGAAGCUCUUAAUAUUAGUAUCCAUGUCAGUAUUUUACAAUAUAGCAGUACAAAGCGAUCUCCAAAAUAAACUCUGAAUAUAUCUUUAGAGUGACUGAAUGAUUUUCUUAGCAUUUUAGCAAAUAGCAAUCUAUCUUGGAAGUUACUGUACCUAGUGUAAAAAGUCAACUUGAACAUGAUUUCAUAUUGUAGAAACUUAGAUUUCCUCUGUAUACUUGUAUUCACUUAAGCUUUCAGAAAAUAUUUUUCAACUGACAGGUUCCAUAAGUUUUGUAGAUAAGACUGCGUGUUAAAUAACUAACCACUGGUUAACUAACCAUUGGUUACCUUCAGAUAAGUAACAAUCGUUUAAGUAAGAUUCGGUUAAGUAACCCUCAAUUAAGCAACCAUAUUGGUGGAUAACCAAACAUUGGUUAACUAACCGCCAGUUAAGUAACUGUCAGUUAGUCUAGUCAACUUAGACCCAUAGGAACUUUAAAACUGAAACUGCUCAUGCUAAUUUGUCCGUAUUCUAAAAAUAAAAGAGAAACAAUGAAUAAUUCCGUUAUUAUUCCGCUAUAAAAGUAUUUAAUGUAGUCUUAAGUGUUUGUUAUACAUGCUGCAAAGCCUGAAAUGACCAUUUUCUAACGAUUUAGCCUAACAUUUAUUACGACGUCCAAUCAAUUCAAUACAGCACAGUCAAAAUGUCGCGAAACAAAGAGCCCUUUAGCGUACGUGCGUGAACGUGGCGAAUACCGUCGGGCAUUUAGAGUAUUCCCUAAAAAGUUCUCUAAAAAAGUAAAAAUUUGACGUUGCUAUGAGAAUCCAUAUAACAUUUUCUAUUUAAUUUAACAGUAAUUGCUACAAUCUUAUAAGUAUUGAUUAAAUCAGAGAAGCCAAGCGGACGUGAGCUUUCUUUAAGAAUUUCAAUUCAAUAUACUUAGAUAAAGCAUGCGAAGCCUCAAUAUUGCCUUAGCAUAAAUCAUCAAUUAAAUUAAUUUCAUUUGAAGGACAAAUAGUACAGCUUAAUAAGCAUGACAACUAAUAGCGAAAUAUCAAGUGAAGAAGCACAAGAAUUUGAAUGCGCUGUUGAGCUUUCGAAGAAAUAAGACAUUAUGACGGAAAAGUACCGACAUUUGCAUAACAGCGCCUUUAAAUUAACAUGCAAUAAGGCAGAGUGACGAGCUGGCGAUAAAAACAAGUGAAGGAAAAUGGAAAGUUUGGGGUGUAAGUAAAUAAAGCGAACAAGAAACAAAAAAUAAGUAAACUUGAUGAAACAAAUGACAAAAUUAUUGAGAGUAAAUUUAUUUAGUUUGAAACACCUCAAAAGUCAAAGCGAAAAAUCGUAAUAAUGAAAGGCGAAGCUUUUAAUAAGAAGCAUAAAAAAGAGAUUGAAAUUGUUGUAGCAACAACAAAUAAAAAACGCAAAACUUAGCGCUAUAAAAACUUGUACAUAUAUAUUAGUGACUCUCUUUAUUAGCGGAGAAACUAGGCAACUUGAGCGUUGGGUUCACAGAGGGCUUUCUAAGCGCAAAAAUAUACGCAAAGGUUGCGCGUUAAGCACAACAGCGAAGCGGCUGUCGUUGAGUGUGUGAAAGCAGGCAUGAAAUUGAAAGCUACUUGGAAGGCGCAAAGGUUUAGCGAGAAUGGUUGCGAAAGAAACUAAAACGAAAGUGAUUUAAUUUAUAAAAAUACACAGAUUGUAAGGAAAAAAAAUUUAUAUUUUUAGAAAGCAGUAAUGAAUGUAGAAAUUUAAUUUUUCCUUUCAGGUACUAUUUCUCAUAUAAUCUGUUCUUUUCCUUAAAAUGCCUCGAGCAAUCAAAAUUGAAUUGCAGCUAAUAAAGCUAAGAACCUUUUAAUUUAAUGAUUUUAUUAGAACGCUAACGUUUGCCUCGCCACUACAACCUUUGAACCUAAAAAUGUAAUUCAAGUCAAAAAGUCAAGAAUUUCGGCUCAAAUGCAUAGCUGCAAAAAGCACCAAGAAUACAGAAAAAAAGAAAGAUAAACAACAAUACAAAUGAGAUGAGAUGAAAAUCAACAAAGCGCACACGCAAUCGUCAUUUUAUUGUAAUUAGUCAAAUAACGGUAAUUUCAUUCACAUUAUUGCAUCUCAGCAAAUCAAAUAAAUAAAUGCAAAGAAAUUCUAAAAAAAAAAACAACUUCAAACAGAAACAACUAAAUGACGCGUAUAAAGGUCAGGUAACCCACUUAAUUAACAAACUUGAAAAAAGAAUAUGUUAAAAGACUAAGAACAAGAAAAACCAAAGGUAAAUACAUGAAACCAAAUAGCAUUAAAGAAAUGAGAUUUAGCUAAGAUUACAAUAAAUGAAACAGCCUGCGGUUUAUUAAAUAGAAAAACUAAAAGAAAAUGAAAAAAGCAAAUAAAGAACAAGAAAUAAAAUUUAAAAAAGAAACACAACUAAAAAGGUAAAUAAUAAAGUAAAAAGAAAUCAGCAAAGAUCCCAGCGAAUAAACCGUAAAACGUACGCACAGAAAUCACAACUCAAUGAAUGUACAUACAGACAAGUAAGAGUCUCUCUAUGUGUAACUGUAGGUCAGAGGAGCGCUAGUAAUACACCAAAUUACGGUAUUUGUUAAGGUUAACAACUGCUUUUUGCCGCAUUUAAUCAUGAAAUUAUUUUACAACAGGUACCAUAAAUUUUGUAGUUGAAACUGAUUGUUGGAUAGCUAACCAUUGGUGAUGUAACCUUCGGAUAAGUAACAAUCGGUUAAGUAAGAGUCGGUUAAGUAAACGUCAGUUAAGCAACCUUAUUGGUGGAGAACUAACCAUUAUUAAACUAACCGUCGGUUAGAUAACAGUCAGUUAAGCAAGUGUUAUCAUAAAAUAAUUUCGCCAGUUUGGCAAAUGGCCGAUUACUUGACGAAAUGAAAACCAAAAUUUUUUAAAACAAGAAACAAAAUUCAAAAAGAAACGUUUAAGUAGAAAAUACGAAAACCAGAGUAAUAAUAUACAGGGUGUGAUCACGCAAAGAAUGUAACACAAUGGUUUAACAUUUCACGAAAAUAUUUCCCCUUUAGGUUAAAUGAUUUCUGUAUCUGUAUUUCUUAAGGGGCACACCUAGUUUAGAAUUAAACAAAAAAUUUUAUAAUUCGAUAGGUUAUACCUUUAGAAAUAACAUUCGAAAUCGAUAACACAAUUAUUUGUGGAGUUAUAGCAUUUUAAAGUGUAGCCUCUCAGUUCAAUCAGCUCCAUCAGUUUAUAUUUUUCUCAAAAAUAAAUUUUUUGAAUUUGAGUGAUUUCUCGGAGACACGUGAUCCUUUCAAAAAUUUUUUUUUGUGUAUUCUGUAUAUAGUUCUCCAUAGACUCACCGAGUGGUUUUUGAUCCCAUUACAAAUCGAAUUUCGGCAGGCCGUAAACAAUACGAAAUUUUGUCUAUUUUUUUUUUUACUCCAAAACUUAUUUAAAUAACUACUGAAUAACGUUGAAUAAUUUUCAAAAUUCAUCUAACAAUUUAUGAUAACUUCUUUAGUUUUAAAUUUUUUGUUAUCUGCCAAAUAUUUUUUUAAAUAUUUCGAAAUAAAAUUCUUGACGACUUCCUCCAAGGUAAAACGUAACUUUUGUCUACUUCAAUAGUGAAAAGCCAAUUAUUAUGCCAAAAUAUUUUCGAAACAUUUAUUCACUAAUCAUUACCAGAAGGCAUGUAACCGAUGAGGUAAAUUUUUAAUAAAUUACUCUUCUGCUCUUUUAUUUCCAUUUCGAUAACAUAACUCGAAUCCAAGAAAAUAUCAGAAACAAAGCUCCAACUACUGUUCGGAAAGCUUUCAGAACAAAUUGAAGUAUAUUUUAUAUAACUUUGCGUUAAAUUUCUUUAGUAGCUAGCAAAUCUUUUAAAAAACAUUGAAUCUAAGAUCUAGUAAACCCCUUAAGAUCGUAAUAUGAAGUAUAGCUAUUAAAAAUCCUCUUUGGUUUGUAAUUAUUAACUGUCUUAUUUUAAAUAGGUGGCAACUCCUUUCAAAAAAAUAUCACUCUAAGAUCUAGGAAACCAAUUAAGGUCGUAAUAUAAGGUAUAGCUAAUAAAAAUCCUCUUUUGUAUGUAAAUAUUAACUAUCUUAUUUCUAAUAUCUAGCAACUCUUUUCAAAAAAUGUAAUUUUAGGGUACCAGGAAACCCUCUAACGUCGUGAUAAAGUAAAUAUAUAUAAUGAAAAUCCUCUUUUAAA